CAUCAGCGUUUUUAGUCCGUUUGCUGCUAGGACUCGUUUCGUUCAGAAUUGAUCAGAUUUAGUCUUUCUGUUCCGGAUUAGUACUGUCACAAAGGGAGGAGGAGGCGUUUGAGAUGGGCAGGGGGGCGUCUGGAGGGUCCCCUCAGCAUCUGGAGGACGGGAUGACAAAGAUUAAACGGGUGGAGAUUAGGUCCUGACAUGAAGGCAGCAAGCACAUAACGUGACUAGACUGGACCCGAUGGAUGCGGAAUUCACCUGCUAGGCUUGACUAUGAAUCGUCGGGAAAUUAUAAUAUUGAGACCGACCGGUCUCUAGUUGAUUGAUUGAAUGAGCAACGGAGAACGAGGAAAUUCAACUAUGGGGUCAACGUCCUUGUCUUGUCGCGGUCUCGAGUCAGGAAUAGUGGGAGUAGCCAAAAGCAGAAUGAAGAUGUGGCGGAAGAAGACGGCGGUGGUCUUCAUCGCUGUCAUCGCGGUGACUCUGCUGGUGCACUGCAGCGGCCGUUGGAGCUGGAUCGCGCAGCAUCUUCGGUCCCGGCCAAAGGCCAAGCAUACCAACGUGGCCUUUCUGAAGACUCACAAGACAGCCAGCAGCACCGUCCAGAACAUCUUGUUCCGUUUCGCCGAGCGUAACAACCUGACGGUGGCGUUGCCGGUGCGCCAGUGCGGCCACCAGUUCUGCUACCCCAAACCCUUCAACGACCGCUUCGUUCACCCGCGCGCGGCGUCGCCCAACAUCAUCGGCAACCACAUGCGCUUCAACGCUGCCGAGCUGCGCCGACUCAUGCCCAACGACACGUGCUACGUCACCAUCUUGAGGGAGCCGACGGCCAUGUUCGAGUCCUUGUUCAGCUACUACAGAGCGGCAUUCGCCAGAGUCCCUGACGGCUCGUUGGAUGCGUUCUUGGAGCAGCCUUGGCGCUACUAUCGACCGCGGAACUCGUGGUCCAACUAUGCCCGGAACACGCUGACUUUUGACCUAGGAGGCGACAAGGACCGCCCUCAAACCGACGCAGAGUACGCCCGGUCGUUUGCUGCUGAAGUGGAGCGAAUCUUCUCCUUAGUGAUGAUCGCCGAGCACUUUGACGAGUCUUUGGUUCUCUUACGUCAUCUACUCUCCUGGGACCCGGAUGACCUGGUCUACCUAAAUCUCAACAUGCGCACGCCCAAAUCUAAGCGCCGCCUGACUCCGGGCCAGGCGGACAAAAUCCGCGCGUGGAACUGGAUCGACGCGCACCUCUACGAUCAUUUCAACGCCUCGCUCUGGCGACGGCUCUCGGCUCUAGGCCUGGAUUACGUCCGUCGGGACAUCAGCGUCCUGCAGGCCACCAGGGAAAGGAUGUUGCGGAGCUGUUUCGGCGGUCGACUGCCCCGUCCGCGACUGGCUGAGCGGAUCCGAAACAAGGAGCUGCGGCCGUGGCAGCCAAACCCGAAAGUUGGCAUCGUGGGCUACGAACUCCCCGACAAUGUGACUCAACAACUCUGCCUGAAGCUCAUCACACCAGAGAUAUCGUACACCAGGAACCUGAUGCACUCUUAACUCCUAAUACAGGACUAAAACCUAAAUGAACAUGAACCUUACAGCGUUUUCGAGCACAAGAGGUUGCAUACUAAACACCAGUGAAGUAAUAUUGCGAUAACAAAAGUGAAGCACACAAAUACAUAAACACAGUCUAGAUGUGACCAUUCUAUUUUGAUGUAUGGAUGAAACUUGAUGGCAAGUCAAACUUUGUUGUUGAAGGCUGCAUUUUCUCAGGUAUAAUAAGCACUGUAAUGAGCUGUCCUGUGUCCGAUAAAACAAUCAAAUGCGAUGACAAAGAGACGCCUCA